AUUUUUCCGUUUGGAUACGCAUCAUGUUGGCGACCUCACGGCGGCGACUGCUUCUGCUGCCGCAAACUCGGAGCUAUACCGUGCGUGGACGGCCUGAAGAUAUUGCGUACCUUCGUCAGCUUGGUCGUGAUGACGACCACGUCACGCUGUACCUACCUGGUGAUCCUUCCUUUCCGUCGUUUGCUUCGUCUUUGAAGCGAACGGCGAUUCUGGAACUCAACAAUCCGUCCGCCCGCAACGCGAUGAGUGGCAAGAUGAUGGCUGAGCUCACUGAUGCAGUUGGCAAAUUGGAUGAAGCAGCAGCUUCGCUGUGCUGUGUCAUUGUCCGUGGCACCGGGGGUCACUUUUGCUCUGGUGCUGACCUUCGAGUCGCCAAGGAGCACUUGAGCUCCCCCGAAGGCGGCGCGACAAUGAGUCGAGUUAUGACACAUGCUCUAACCCGUCUGCGCCGACUGCCAUUGACAAGUGUCGCCGUCGUCGAAGGUGCAGCGAUCGGUGGCGGGGCGGAGAUCACGACGGCGUGCGAUUUUCGAAUCGUUGGCCAGUCGGCCACGAUUCAAUUCGUUCAUGGGCGCAUGGGCGUCUCUCCAGGAUGGGGCGGUGGUGCGCGACUUGUGCAACUGGUGGGGCGUCAGCGAGCGUUGCGACUCCUCGGUCGGACGGAAAAAGUAUCAUCAGACGAUGCGUUGCAGAUCGGUCUCGCCGAUGCCGUGCUGGACGACGACGCCAUCGAGGUUGGCGUGGACUCGUUCGUUCGUCCGCUGGAUGCGCAUGCUCCAGGUACCGAAAUCAAUGGCACGGUGGCAACGCUGCGCACUCGUUCUCUGCGACGUAGGAGUGCUGCACGGCAUCAAGCGCGUGUUGUCCCACGGAGACGACUCCUCGUUGCUUCAGAUGAUGUCGACGGAGCAUGCCGUGUUCCAGCAACUCUGGGGCGGACCUGCAAACGUUGCGGCGAUCGCAAAAUCGGUCAAAUUAUAGUCUCCGCCCGUUCAAUAACCUCUGCUCGUUCCCACGGACCGACGUGUGAAUGGGACGACUAUCAACUCGACUAGUAUGUCGUUGGGUUUGUCGUACAAAUGUAGAUAACGUAGCCGCGACGGGGAGGUCCUUCAAAAGGACCGUCCAAGUCGAUGUCGAGAGCGUCCAAGGUUGACAUGCCCCACGACAUGCUGACCUCGUUGAUGCUGCCUCGCGGUAGCCACCUACACCAGCAAGCGCCAGGAUGUUACAUGACCUGUC